AUGCGCAGGCGGGCCGGCGUCGAAAUCAAUGCUGCUGCGGCGAGCACGGGGGCCGGGGAGAACUUCAAGGGCGAUAUGCUUGCGCCCUCGGCAGCUAACAACAACGUGGUGCGGGCCCUGACAGUGGCCGCGGCUGUGGCGGCGGUGUCGGGCGGCACCACGCUGCUGUCCCCCCAGGGUGCCGCGUUUGUGCACGUGCUGGCUUUCGGCACCCUCCUGGGCUCCAUCAUUUUCAACACCUUCAUAGUGGGCCUCACCAUGUUUAAAAACAUGCCGCGGCAGAUGUUUGGCAGGGUGCAGUCCAAGAUGUUCCCCAAGUACUUCUCUCUGACCACGGGCGCCGCCCUGGUGCUGCUGGCCGGCCACGCGCUGUCCCCCGCGGGCCUGGUGCUGUCCGCGCCCGGCGUGGUGGCGUUGCUGGUGACGUCUGGCCUGAGUGUGCUCAACUGGCUGGCGAUAGAGCCAUUUGUGACGGGGCUCAUGUUCCAGCGCUACGACAUCGAGUCUGACCGCACCGCCCUGCGCUGCGGACCCCCUUCCUCUCAACAGAACAAGCCAUCCAAGACGUCAGAGGACGAGGCUGAGAUCAAGCGGCUCUACGGGAAGUUUGGAAUGUGGCACGGCAUCUCAUCGCUCAACAACCUGGCUGUGCUGGCGGCCGUGGUGUCGUACGGCUGGGUCAUUGCCAGCAAGCUGGCCGCAUGA